UGUGUUGGUUUUCUCAUUGUUCAUCAGCGCCCUCUAUUGACGCCCAAACGUCAGUGAUCACGUGUUUCCUACUACGAUUUGCUGAAGUUGAAGAAAAGUUUGACAAGCCCGAGGAGCGUCGACAGAGAAGACCCAGGGAUCAGGAGCCUCUGACGGACACACGUUCAUCCAAACUUACUUGUCUCCGGAGCAACUAUGGAAGCUGUCGCCCAGAAAGUGCUCACUUCCGGAUUCAGUCUUGAUCUGGGCCCCCUGAAAGAGCCGCUGGCGUUUAUCCGUUUGUUAGAAUGGCUCUUCUCCAUAUUUGCCUUCGCUACAACCGUAGGUUACAGUGGCACAACCAACAUCAACGUCCAGUGCAAUGGGGUUACCAAUGAAGUACAAGCACAGUUUAACUACCCGUUCAGGUUGAUGCAGCAUCCCUAUGUUGUUCCUGACUGUAAAGUCAAUCAGACCACCCCCACCCCCACCACCACUAAUUACUUCCUGACAGGAGACCACUCAUCAGCGGCAGAGUUUUUUGUCGCUAUCGGAGUAUUGGCCUUUCUGUACACCACUGCCACACUAGUCAUCUACUUGGGCUACCAGCACUUGUAUAGAGAAUCUAAUCGUGGUCCCCUUGUGGACCUGUUAGUGACUGCAGCCUUUGCGUUCCUGUGGUUGGCAUCAUCCUCCGCUUGGGCUAAAGGCUUGACUGAUGUGAAGUUUGCCACCAGUCCUACAACCAUUGUAACUGUUCCUGCUGUCUGCAAGGUGGCCAUCAACAAGUGCACCCCGGGCGCGGUGCCUCACAUGGGCCGACUUAACGCUUCAGUGAUUUUUGGUUUUCUUAACCUCAUCCUCUGGGGCGGCAACUGCUGGUUCAUUUACAAGGAAACACCGUUCCACAAAUCAGCUGACCAGCCAGCAGAUGUGGAGGGGGCUGGUAGGCCAACGUAACUGCACAGCGUCCUCUUCUCAAAAGUGUCUAACAUGUUGUUUUAUUGAAUUUUGUUUCUAAUUGUUAGAAUUAUACUGUAGAACAUAAGAUACUUAUUUCUAAAACCAACCGCUUCUUUUUUUUUGUGAGGUAUUAAUAUUAUAUUUGCGGCGCUGUUAUGUAAUUUCAAGGGGUACUAAAAUUUUACUUAUUGGGCUGAAAUCUACAUGGGGAGUGGUAGCACUCAAAAUAUGUGUUCUCAAAGAUGAU